CGGUGCCAUUGCCGUAGGGGAAGAUGCCGCUAUACGGGGAUCCCAGCGCAACUCGUGUUUGGCCGUCCUCACGCUGGCAAGUUGUCUACCAGUGACCAAGGAUGUGGUAAUGGCGGGUAAGGAGAACAAUCUAGGGAGAAUUGCCUAUUUAAAAAGAUACCCACAGAUAUCGGUCGUCGCGUCUCGGACUGCCGUCCUCGUCGUCGCGCAUCUAGACGGGCCAAAGCGGGGGGGGCUCGUGUCUCAUCGGCAUCUGGAGAACCGAGUACAACAGCCGGCCUGUCCCCCGUAUUAUUUCACCAACAUACUCCCCACUUAUGGGCAUCCUCUCCCCCUCCCCUUUGCCCGUAUGUCUUCUUCCCCGCGAGCAGGCUAAGGACGAGGAGCAAAAGAAAAGGGCAAGGACAAGGUAGAGAAAGGCCGGAACUGGUACUAGACAAAAGGGAAAAGAGAAGAAUAACAACCGGGAAGACGAUAUCAAGGGCGACGAGAGAAAACAUGCCGUUCCCCUACAAGACCGUGCUCAUGAUCGGCGCCACGUCGGGCAUCGGCCUCGCCCUGGCCGAGCGCAUGAUCGAGAACGGCGUCUUCGUCAUCGGCGUCGGCCGGCGCAAGGAGCGGCUCGACGCCUUCGUGGCCAAGCACGGGGCCGACAAGGCCGCCACGUCGCAGCUCGACAUCACAGAGCUAGACAAGAUCGCGGGGUGGUGCAAGGACGAGCGGGGGGAGACGAAGCUGACGCGGGAGGCGCGGCCGCGGCUCUCUAUUAGCAUCACGGCGCAGCACCCGGGGAUCGACGCGGUGUUCCUGAACGCGGGGGUGCAGUGCAUGCUGGACUUCACGCGGCCGGAGGCGAUCGACGCGGGGCGGGUGCGGGCGGAGCUGGCGACGAACUACGGGGCGGCGGUGGAGCUGGCGGCGGGGCUGCUGCCGCAGCUGCGGGGGGUGGGGCCGCGGCCGGCGGCGCUGGCGACGGUGACGUCGGGGGCGGCGCUGGUGCCGAUGGCGCGCGGCGGCAACUACAGCGCGAGCAAGGCGGCGCUGCACGCGCUGACCUGGUCGGUGCGCGCGCAGCUCGCGCGCGACCCGGCCUGGGCGCACCUGCGCGUGCUCGAGAUCCUGCCGCCCGCCGUCCGCACCGAGCUCCACGCCCGCCAGCCCGAGCUUGUCGCCGCCGGCCAGGCCGACAUCGGCAUGCCCCUGCCCGACUUCGUCGACGAGCUCUGGGCCGCGCUCGACGCGCCCGGAGACCACCCCCCCGACGAGAUCCCCGUCGGCCCCGUCGCCCGCUACUUCGACGCCGUCGAGGCCCCCCGCCGCGCCGUCUUCGCCCGCAUGGCCGGCCUCGUGCAAGUCCCCCGCGGCCCCGAGGACCUCCGGCUGCGCGAGGGCCCCGACGGCGCCUGGGCCUGGCAGAGCGCGAAAACGCCUGGGUCCCAGUGACAAUCAAAGGGCGCGCGGCUGUGAGCGGGCGCCCGUGGGGAGGGGUGAGGGGGGGGGGGAAGAGUCUUACCUCGGAGAUGCAUGGCGGGCGUAUGUACACCGCCGCCUUAGGGGGUCAAAGGGCCUGGGUGCAAAACGCAGAGAGGGGGCCUCGUGGCAUGAGAGAGAGGGCCGGGGAGGAAUCAGACAAUGGCCCUGAAUAGAAGCUUACCCCUAUUGCCUCCCUACUUUGACACAUGUUCACACAGCGCUCUGUAACGCUACGCAAAGUCGCCAUAUUGAGAUAAAAUUGGGUUAGGUUAAGCCGGGAUUGCUAUCUGUCGAUCGGGUUGCUGAAUGGCCCUUCCUUU